AUGGCAUUGGGUUUGGGAGCGAAUCUCCCAUCGACAUCGAGGGCCGUUACUGGUGUGGUUUCGAAAGGCGUUUGGUCUACGACAAUGGAAGUGGAUGCUGAGAGCGAAGGGAAACCCGCGGGUGAUGUUAGUUCGACCGGGAUACACCUCGAUACGGAAAUGCAAGAGGCCACGGACCCCUCCCCUCGUCGCCGGAAACGCAUCCUCCUCUCGACGGAGAGCGCCUUCGUCGACAAUGUCCUGCCCUCGCUGGUCCAGAAUCCCGAAAUCGAACUACGAUUGAUUACCGAUGAGCCGUCCGCGCUUCUGUCGGGCGCAAGCAAGGUUCCUCAUUACAUGGAUACGGUGGAUAGUCAGACAUUCGACAAAAAGACCGGUGCUCGGAAAUGGUUGAAGGCGAAGGCGGCGGAGCUUUGCGACUGGGCGGAUAUGCUCCUGGUCGCACCGAUAGACGCUGGGGCGUUGGGGUCGAUGUUGUACGGGUUGACCAAUACGUUGACCUUGGCCCUACUGCGCGGUUGGAUCUCGUCAAAGCCGGUUGUGCUGAUCCCCGGCAUGACAGUCUCGGAAUGGGAUCAUCCGCUGAGCAAGAGGCAGCUGGAUGAGGUGGAACAGUUCUGGCCCUGGAUUAGCGUGGUAUCGCCUGUGCUGUGGAAGUCCGUUGAUCCGGAGGAACUUAUACAGUUGCCGUGGGAUGGCCUGGAGGGACUACAUGGGACUAUCGAACGGACGCUGGGCCUGUCGUUCUCAGCAGCCGCCACCAACCCCAGUCAGGGUUCAGAAUCGACAUACCAAUCCGGUGUCCCGGAAAAGACCCCCGGGGACGCCGCCACUAUCUCGCGACAUGUCUUAUAUCGAUCGGCCAAGACUGAACGGGGUCCGCGCUCGUUGCCGAUGGAGUUAUGGCUGGAUAUCUUCGAAGACCACCUCCACGACUGGGAGAUCGCCAAAGCAGUCGGCAUCCCGACAAACCUCCCUGUGCCAAAAGAAUGGCAAAACCAUCUGCUGAAGAUGUCCACCCCAGCCUCCUUGGAAUACACCAUCCUCCGAGGGUCCUUCGCUGCGAUCAAAAAGCGCAUCCACAGUCUUCCCCGGUGGAAACCUCUCUCCGACCUAGCCUGCCACCUGAUCUUCAAAUUCUCCCGCACCGACAUCCUCUCCUACCUCACUGAAAAAGAAGACCUUCUCUGGACGACCUCCCGUCUCACCAACCUCCCAUACCGCGCAUCCGCCAUCUACGGCAACCCCAACAUCCUCACCUGGUGGCGCGACGCCCCCGCCCUCCCAAACAAAGAAUACAUCGCCGACGCGAUGGACGGCGCCUCGCGAGCCGGCUUCGUCGACGUCCUCGAAUGGUGGCGCACCUCCGGCCUCGAACUGCGGUACACCGAGCGGGCCCUCGAAGCCGCCAGCGCCGAGGGCCGCGUCGCCGUCCUGGCCUGGUGGAAAGCCGCCUCCGUCAACGCACCCAUCUCCUCCCCCAUCCCCCUCAAAGUCGGCAAAUCCGUCCUCCUCGCCGCCCAGUCCGGCCGCACCGCCUCCCUCGCCUGGUGGGAUGCCUCCGGCAUCCCCUAUAGUCAUGGCGAAUCCGUCGCCCGCAUCGCCAGCACCCACGGCCACGUCCACGUCCUCGAGUUCUGGCACCGUCUGAAGGGCUCCAAGAUGAUCUUCGACACCCAGGUCCUCGUCGGUCCGACCAAGAACGGCCACGAUAACGUCCUCGAAUGGUGGCGUCGCAGCGGCCUUCGUGUCGAAUUCAAGACUUGUGAUAUCGAAGAGGCCCUCGAAGACGCGGACCCUGUCUCUGGUGCUGAGCAGCGCGUCCGCAAGUGGUGGGCUGAUAAUGGUCUGAACCUCGGUGUGGGGACGAAAGUCACAAAAUUCGUGAUCGGGAUCGGUGUCGCCGUCGCCGUCGCCGUUGCAUUUGCAUAUCUGGGUUCGUUCGGGUGGGGGAAUUCGCAUUCGGAUUCGGAUUCGGUUAUCUGGGUGUUUGGGUGGGUGGUAUGGUGGUACAUAGCGCAUCGUGAUACAUGGUACUUGAUCUAG